AUGCCUCUCCUACCUCUGACCAAGGGACAAAAGAAGGCAGCGAAGAGAGCUGUCAAGAAACAAAGUGCAUCAGCUACUAAGGAGGCUCCUUUGAGCAACGUAGAGUAUGCACUAGUCAAUACUAUCGAGCCUGAGCGGCUCGACCUGCCCGCAAUUGCAUUUACACCUACUCAGGAAAGCGCAACAUCGACACGCAAUGUUGCUGUUUCCCACCCUGAGCACUACAGCCUUAUGUCGUAUGAAAAUAUAGUCGCUGCUUCAUCUCUACCAACUGCAUCACAGCAGCUACCACCAUCGAGCACUGAUGUCACUGGGUCUCAGUCCUCAGGCCUUUUGCCUACGUUGUCCGCACUGCCUUUAGAGUCCCUGGGCAGCUUCAACGAUACCUUCACCUUCGCAGCUCCCACUAGCGUUGUUACUUUUGGUAAAAGCUCCAAUGUCACCGACGUUUCCAAGCACGAGUACGCAUCUUCCCUCUCCCAGGAUGUCGAGGACAUUGAGGACGAAGGUCCAACUUCGUUGGCUUUCAGCAAAGCCUUUGUGGAAGACCUACGAAGUCCUACUUUUACGACCGCCGCAGCAUCGACGAGAGCUUUCGAGGAAGCCUUGUCACGAAACUCGGAUGUGACAGAGUCCUCGAUAUUCACGCGGCUCCGGGAUGCCACGACUGCCACCACUUCAGGACCUGCGUUUAUUGAAUGUGCUGGCACUAAUGUCGAGAAGAAGCCGGAAGUUUCUUCUGACUGUGCAAACCAAGAGCGGGCUCUUGUACGGUACUGCACGCUUAAGACAAUUAGUCUUGUUGCGGACUACGAAGUGGAUCAGGGUCUCGAUGAGACCAGCACCAACUUUUCACUUGACAGUAUACUUCCUCAUCGGAUGUUCUUAGCGAGCGCGGAUGGUGUGAUCCAAUGCAUCGCAUACGACCAGCUUCUACAUGACGUCGAAACCGUCAAGGAUGACGGCGGGUCAGACUUUGACUCAGUCGCUUCUCCAAGCAAGGGUUACCUCGAGCACUUCGGUGGCGCACAUGAUGAGACCUCCAAGAGUAUUGACAGUCGCAUUGAAGACGCUCCGUUAAACCUCGGCAUCCGCAACAGGCUGCAUGAUGUGGAGGAAAGUGCGAGUAUAGAGAGCCUCGAAGUACCCGGCUGGUCUCUACAACCUACGAACAAGGAUUGGAUGGAUCGCGCAGAAGUCUGGAGCUACGCGGACGGUUCGGAGAAGGCUGCAUCUGUCAGCACUGAGAAGUGUGAAGUGAGUGCCACGCAGCAGGGACGCCUCCAAUCUGCCACAUGCUCAGACAGCAAAGAAGAGUUUCAUGACCCACUACAGAGUGCGGGCCCAAGUGAAGAGUCUGUGAAAGCAGUGUUUUAUAGCUCAGAAGUCCCUGAAGCUUCUGCGUCGGCCCGUGAGCCAAGUCAUAUGCGUCUGGGCACGGAGUCUUCCUGCUCCUUUCGUGAAGCCCUGGAGGCUGAGGAAAGCGGAAAGGUUACUCGAGACGCCGUGAUCACCGCGUUCCUGAAGCUUGUCAAUAUCGAGCGGAAGAAGCGCGGGGUUCAUGCUCUACCGUCGCUAUACACAGCACAUAGUGUGCUGAGCAGUGGUAUUCUUCCGCACACGAUCAUGCUUGGCACUACGACUGUUGCGUCUUUCACCGCUCAGUUGAGCUUCGAUGAGAAAGACGAGGUCGAGAUGGGCGACGUGUGUGCGGCUUGGGAUCGAUUGGACCGUGAGGAAGUAGGACGGCAACAGAUGGCUUCUGGAGGCAUCAUGGGUGCUUUAGGCAGGGCUCUGGGCAGACUAGGUGGUUCGUAUCUCGAGAAGUGA